AUGGAAGAGAGUCCUGAUACGAAUUUCUCGAAAAACGUGGAAGAGAGUCCUGAAUCGAAUUCUUUGGAAAACAUGGAAGAAAGUUCUGAUUCGAAUUUCGCGAAAAACAAGAAAGAAAUUACUGAUUUCUCGAAAUACUUGAAUUCCUGGUAUAGCAAAGCGUGUGUCGAAUAUGUUGAUUUGGCCGGUGAUUUUGGUGGGAGCGGACUAUUCAUAGUCGAAGGCGACAGUUUGAUCUUUAAUUUUCUUCAUGAUCCCGAUACACAUCUUCUCGACUUCGGCGAAACAUUUGGAGGGGGGCAGUUCCUGGCUUUAACAUUUUUAGUUGAGAAGUUCAUUGAUGAACUCAAACAGCGUGGAUGUAGAUUUCACAUUGUCGUUUUUGACGCACACAAAGCGAUCUGGAAUGAUGAUCCAAAAUUACGGGUUGCCAGAGAAAUAGUGCUAUCGCACUUGAAAUCAUAUCAACACGUCACAAAGGUUCCGAUAUAUGAAUUUGACAACUGGUGGGGGUCAGAGUUUGCCGAAUAUAUCGAAGAGAGAUUGCCUCUUUUCAUCCUAUUGGGUGAUGGAACCACCAAGGAUUUGGAAAUGAAUUCCGUUGACGUUGAUUCUUCAAAGGCUUCUAUAAUUUGGAGAGGAUUAAUCUAUCACACUCUACAUAAUGAUUUGUCUGCCGCUUUGAUUCCGGGAAUGGAAUUUAGAGAUUCUCGUGCUAAGGCCUUUGUGUUUGGUCGGGAUGGUAAUGUGACAUUUGAAAGCUUUGCUGCGGUAACGGAAAUAGUGUCACUAUGCAAAAAUAUAUUGGAGGAAAAUAAAUUGUCGAGAAGUGUUGCCGAUUUUGUUCUUUCAGAUGAUAAAAAUUUGCUAAAUUCAAAUGAAAAUCAAAGUAUAUGGAAGAAAGGAGGAAAGCGAGUUGCUCUUGUAUUUAUUUCUUUAAUCGGUAUCUUGAGAAAUAAAUCUUCACCGGAAUAUUGGUCUCUGGCGAGAUUAUUCCUACUCCAUGUUUAUCUACUUGACAAUAUUGCCUUGAAAUCUAGGACUUUACCCCAAUUGUCAGAAGAAACCGAAAAUUCAGCAAUCAAAUUCAUGGAUCAUUUUUUUGUUUAUUGUUCUCACACGCUGAUCAACGGUGUUCUCAAUGAGGCACUAAGAAAUUUCGAGGAUCUGAAUCAUAACCUGGCAGAUCUUUUGGAUGCACGAAUCUUUGCUUCCUUGGUGAAAUUUCAGAAAGAUGGCGACUUAAGCUUCGACAAAUUACCAAAAGAUUUUAAACAAGAUUUUGAUGCUGCGUGGAAUCUGUUGAAAAGUCUUUUUCAUGACGAUGAAAUUGUCGAUAGCAUAUCUAGAUAUUCGAAAAAACUUCCUAAACUCGAAUUUGCAACUUAUAAAUUAUAUGAUAUAAAGUUAUCACUGCUUCCUAUCGACUUUAAAUUGUUUUCUGAUUACCUUCAUGACGUGGAGUUGGGAUAUGUCGAUGAGGAUGAGAUCGAGGUUGACACCGAAGCUUACGGUCUGUCGGGAAGUAUUCCGUUUGAAGAUUUUACAAUUUGGCUUUCUUCGGAAUCGAAUGAAAGUUCGGGACUUAGGGAAUAUCAAAAAUACGUCAGAUUCAUGGAAAGAUAUGCGAGGUCAUUGGAUGGCACGCAGGGAUUUUACACCCUAUCCAUUUCCACCGAAAAGAAACAAGCGGAAGCCGCGGUUGAAAAAAGUUCAAGCUCGAAAAAGUUGUUGGAACGGAUAGAAAAGGAGAAAUUAGAAAAAUCGCUAAAAGAAUCAGAACAAUACCUUGAAAGGGCCAUCGCUGAGGUUUCGAAAAUUGAAGACAUUAUGCAUAAAUUGGAAUACCUUAAGACCAAAAUUUCCAAAGAAGAUAAAUUAAAACAUCCGGCAUCGAUUAUUCGCGCACAAUUUUACAAAUCACAUGUACCAAUCCUUGCAUUGUCUGCGACUGUUGGUAAUCCGGACGAAUUUAAGAAUUGGAUUGAAUCGGUACAAAAAAAUAGAGGAUAUAAGACGAGGAUCAUCAAGACCACCAAACGUUAUUCUGAUUUGGCGUACUUUUCAUAUAUCCCAAAAUAUCCGUUGAAGGAAUUCAACACGCUAAAUCCAAAAGAGUGUGAAGACACUUUGUUUUCCAUUCAUCCAUUCUCAACGGUGUCUCCAAUUCUUGUUGCUGAGAAUGGAAUUCCACCGGACAUAAAGAUGGUGCCAAGGCAAUGUGUGGAAUUCUGGGAUGUGAUGAACAAAGUCUCGAAUGGAGAUCCGGACAUUCAGCCUCUGGAUCCGGACAAGUAUUUUAAAGAUAUUGGUUACAUCGUGAAGGAUGAUGUAGAUCAAUAUGAAGAUGAUCUAAAGAGAGUAUUUGAAUCUUGGGCGAGGGAUUCGACUAAAUCAGCUCAUGUUAGAGAGAUCAUUUCGAGUCUUGACAACUUUAAAGAUCGAUUCGCGGAGUUGGAGAAUAAAGCUAAAGAAGAUGAAUUGGAUGUAUACGACAAUAACUUCUUGAAACACUCGAUCGCUCCUUUAUUGACCGAGCAAGUUUUUCUUUCCUUUUUUCUUUUUGUUUGUUGUAACUCCCUUGCCAUGCACCUGGAACAACAAUUAAGAGAAGCAGAAAAGUUGAAGCGUGAGAAUGACCCGGUUUAUCAGGCAAAAAAGAAAAAUGCAAUUUCACAGAAGGAAUAUCAAGAAAAGAUGAAAAAACGUACUCGUGACCGCGAUCCUAAGAAAAAAAGUAAGGCUGAUGACGAUGAUGAUGCCGAAGAUAUAGAAGAACCCCCUCCCACCAUUUUUGACUGGGAAGCACAUGACCCGGAUUUUACUUUCGUGAGUCCAAGGCAUCGUAUGCCGGAACUGGAAUACGAAGAGCUAAAGAACACUUUUCGAUAUAAAAUGACCGGCGAAUUAUCUGGAAUUUUGGAUGCUCUAGAUAGAGGUAGAAUCUUAUAG